AUGAACUGGAACAAAGGGGGUCAAGGGGUGAAGCGUGGGUUUGGCUUUGGUGGUUUUUCCCUUGCAGGGAAGAGAGAGGAGUCCAACGUUCCCCCAAAAUCUCAAACAUCGUUUGGAGCUUCCGGAUCAAGCGGAGGUUAUGGGAAAAGCCCACAGCUUCCCUCUUUCUAUAAAAUAGGGUCCAAGAAAGCUAACUUUGAUGAAGAAAAUGCCUAUUUUGAAGAUGAUGAAGAAGAGUCCAGUAGCAAUGCCGAUCUGCCCUACAUUCCUGCUGAGAACUCACCCACACGGCAGCAGAUGCGGUCGGGCGGCGGUGGCGGCUCAGACAGCGAAGAUGACCCUUUGGAUGCCUUCAUGGCAGAGGUUGAGAACCAAGCAGCUAAAGACAUGAAGAAACUCGAGGAAAAGGAGAAAACGUCAUCCAAGGGUAUUCGUGAUGACAUUGAGGAAGAAGAUGAGCAAGAAGCCUAUUUCCGCUACAUGGCAGAGAAUCCCACAGCCGGGCUGACCCAAGAGGAAGAGGAGGAAAACGUUGACUAUGACAGUGAUGGAAACCCAAUUCCUUCCACUACUAAGAAAAUUAUCAUGCCACUGCCCCCUAUUGACCACUCAGAGAUUGACUAUCCACCCUUUGAGAAAAACUUUUACAAUGAGCACGAGGAGCUAAGCAGUCUCACUGCUAUUCAAGCGUUGGAGCUGAGGCAAAAGCUGAACCUGCGAGUUUCUGGUGCUGCCCCUCCAAAACCCUGCACCAGCUUUGCCCACUUUGGCUUCGACGAGCAGCUGAUGCACCAAAUUCGAAAGUCUGAGUACACUCAGCCCACACCGAUUCAGUGUCAGGGUGUCCCCAUUGCGCUUUCUGGACGUGACAUGAUUGGCAUCGCAAAAACCGGAAGUGGUAAAACGGCAGCUUUUAUCUGGCCGAUGCUGGUUCACAUCAUGGACCAGAAGGAGCUGGAGGCGGGAGAGGGGCCCAUUGCCGUCAUUGUGUGUCCCACCAGGGAGCUUUGUCAGCAGAUCCACGCAGAAUGCAAGCGUUUUGGGAAAGCCUACUCGCUGCGCUCCGUGGCUGUUUAUGGAGGAGGCAGUAUGUGGGAGCAGGCCAAGGCUCUGCAGGAGGGAGCAGAGAUUGUAGUGUGCACACCAGGUCGUCUGAUUGACCAUGUGAAAAAGAAGGCUACGUCCUUGCAGAGAGUGACAUACUUGGUUUUUGAUGAGGCCGAUCGCAUGUUUGAUAUGGGCUUUGAGUAUCAAGUGAGAUCGAUCGCAAGCCAUGUUCGCCCAGACAGGCAGACUCUUCUCUUCAGCGCCACUUUCCGUAAAAAGAUCGAGAGGUUGGCGAGGGACAUUUUAGUUGAUCCUAUUCGGGUCGUGCAGGGCGACAUCGGAGAGGCCAACGAGGACGUGACCCAAAUGGUGGAGCUGCUGCUCAGCGGCUCGGAUAAAUGGAACUGGCUGACCCGAAGGCUGGUCGAGUUCACUUCCACCGGUUCUGUCCUCAUUUUCGUCACCAAGAAGGCCAACUCGGAGGAGCUGGCGGCUAACCUGACUCAAGAGGGCUACAGCCUCGGCCUCCUGCAUGGAGAUAUGGACCAGAGCGAGAGGAACAAAGUCAUCAGCGAUUUCAAGAAGAAGAAUUUACCCGUUCUGGUCGCCACUGAUGUUGCUGCCCGUGGUCUGGACAUCCCGUCGAUUCGCACGGUGGUGAACUACGACGUGGCACGGGACAUCGACACGCACACCCACAGGAUUGGUCGAACGGGUCGCGCCGGGGAGAAAGGCGUGGCCUACACUCUCCUCACCAGCAAAGACACCUCGUUUGCCGGCGACCUGGUGCGGAACCUGGAGGGAGCGAAUCAAGCUGUCCCCAAAGAGCUCAUGGAUUUGGCAAUGCAGAAUCCCUGGUUCAGAAAAUCGCGGUUUAAGGGCGGUAGAGGGAAGAAGCUGAACAUCGGCGGAGGUGGUCUUGGUUACAAGGAGAGACCAGGUCUGGGGGCUGAGAGCUCUGAACGUAGCAGCAGCAGCAGCUUGUCUUCCUCGAGCAGCUUUGAGGGGCACAGCAAACCAACAACGGGGGCGAUGGGGGAUCGCAUGUCGGCACUGAAACAAGCCUUCCAGGCUCAGUAUAAGAGCCACUUUGUUGCUGCAACCAGCGGGCCUCCGAAGCUGAGCACCAAAUCUAGCAGCUCCUCCUGCUGGACGAGUGCCGGCAGCCUGAACUCUGUGCCAACAGAGGCUGCCAAUGGCUCCGAGCGACACAGCAUGGCUGCUUUUUCAAUGUCCGGCUUCACCAGCGCCGGCUCCCUGAGCUCGGUGCCGGCCCCUCAGAGCAGUUUGCAGCAGAGUAACCCCUCACCUGCACCUCCCUCGCCCAGAGAGAGCCCACGGGACAGACACGGGGAGUCCCAGGGACGCCCCGGAGACAGCCAGCACCGCCACAGCGACCGGAGCGAUCGGCAUAGCGGUGAGGAUCGCUACGGGGACCGGGAUCGGCACGGCGACAGAGAUCGUGACCGGCACGGCGACAGGGAUCGCCACGGCAGCCGCCACAGUGACAGCCGCAAUGGCGAUGGGAGCAGGAGGGACAGAGACGAGCGGAGGAGCGAUAGGGAUGGGGGGGAGAGGGGAGGCGGGGAGGUGAGGGACAGAGAGGAUGACAGCUUCGCUGUUCCCGACCCGCCAAAGCGCAGGAAGAGCCGAUGGGACAACUAAAGAGCAAUAAGUAUACAGAUGAGGCACCUAGCAGCUCCAAAAACAGGUUUGUCUGUUUAGGCAGGUAGCAGAGCAUAUCAGAGGCUGGCACAAGCAGACGUGUCAGAGGGGGUUUGGCUUAAAUCGUCCGAAAAGUUGGUUAGAGCUCCACAAAGUUUAUUCAGCACAGACAAUUCAUCAACAUCAACUGUACAUACACUAUCCAAACCGGUGUUAAUGUUAGCCGAGUCAAGCUAAAGAGCUACGAAUUCUAAUGUCGCUAGAAAAUAAGUGCAGAUUAAGAUGCGUUCUCACACACCUUUGUGCUCGCAAAGCUCGUGCUUUGGUUUCAUUUUGUGUACUACUUUGAUUUUUAAAGUCAUAGUUCACAUCUAAGUGAACAUGUCGAAGCGACUGUGUGGCUCUUUUUGUGUGUUGUGUUCUUGUUUUAGUGGUGUGCCUUUCCAUGGCAUUGUGUAUAUCACUAACAAUAAAAAAAA